GUUCUGGGUUCUCGCCUCUUGUUGGGAUUUGGGCGCAGUUUGGGUCCGGAAUAGCCGCUACGCUUUACGGGAAUGCUGUGACGAGCUUUUGAGACAUCCGCCAGACCCGAAAGUGCUCGCCAGGAGGCUGCCGAUCUUUCCUGCUCAGUGUUGCUUGAAUGACUGACAUCUAAUCCAAGAGAAAAUGGAAGAGCAAGAGAAAGCGUCGAUUCCAGAUGGCCCUCAGCUUUCAGCUGAAAUACGUAAACCCCGACCAAAGAAAGUGGCAGAGUUGCCCAUCCUGGAAAGAAGGAAUUGGUUGAUACAUUUACAUUACAUCAGGAAAGAUUAUGAAACGUGCAAGACUAUAAUAAAAGAGCAGCUGCAGGAGACCCAGGGCAUGUGUGAAUAUGCUAUCUAUGUGCAAGCUCUGAUAUUUCGUUUGGAAGGAAAGAUUCAGGAAUCUCUUGAGCUGUUCCAGACGUGUGCAAUCCUGAAUCCUCAGAAUCUGGACAAUCUCAAGCAAGUAGCCAGAUCUCUGUUUUUACUUGGGAAACACAAGUCAGCGAUUGAAGUUUACAAUGAAGCAGCCAGGUUAAACGAAAAGGACUGGGAGAUUGAGCACAAUCUGGGUGUCUGCUACAUGUACCUGAAGGACUUUGAGAAGGCUAAGGAGCAUUUGAACUGUGCGUUGCAGCACAGCAAACAUGACCUGUCGUUUGUAAUGCUCGGCAAGGUGCACUUACUCGAUGGAAAUGUUGAGGAAGCCAUUGAAGUUUACAAGAAAGCGGUGGAGUUUUCUCCUGAAAAUGCAGAGCUCCUGACAACCUUGGGACUACAGUACCUGCAGCUUGGAUUAUACCAGAAAGCUUUUGAGCAUCUUGGAAAUGCACUUACCUAUGACUCCAACAACUAUAAGGCAAUCCUGGCUGCUGGCAGUAUGAUGCAGACACACAGUGACUUUGAUGUUGCACUGAGCAAGUAUAGAGUAGCAGCGCACUCCAGCCCUGAAAGCCCACCUCUCUGGAACAACAUUGGCAUGUGCUUUUUCGGAAAGAAGAAAUAUGUUGCAGCUAUCAGCUGUUUGAAGCGAGCAAAUUAUCUGGCUCCAUUUGACUGGAAGAUUCUCUACAACCUGGGAUUAGUUCACUUGACAAUGCAGCAAUUUGCAUCUGCAUUCCACUUCCUGAGUGCAGCCAUCAGUUUACAUCCAAAGAUGGGGGAGUUGUACAUGCUGUUGGCUGUGGCACUGACGAACUUGGAGGAUCCUGACAAUGCAAAGAGAUCGUACGAGCAAGCAGUGGCCCUAGACCAGUCAAACCCACUGGUGAAUUUAAACUAUUCCAUCUUACUCUACAACCAAGGGGACAAGAAGCGAGCUCUGAACCAGUACCAGGAAAUGGAAAAGAAAGUCAAUAAACUGAAAGACAGCAGCAACACCAUUGAGUUUGAUCCAGAGCUUGUAGACAUGGCUCAGAAGAUUGGGGCCGCCCUGCAAGUUGGGGAGAAUCUGGUUUGGACAAAACCAGCCAAAGACUCAAAAACAAAACAGCGCUCAGCAAGUGCUGGGAAGCCCAGCUCUACUCAGCAGCCCUUGGGCUCCAACCAGGCUCUAGGCCAGGCCAUGUCCUCAGCUGCAGGGUACAGCAAGAACAUACAACUCUCCACAGAUAGAUGCUCAGCCCAGCUCCAGAAACCUCCCUCCCUACCCUUGGAACCAGAGCCUGGGGCUGAAGACAUAACAUCUCAGGGGGAGCCAGAGAGGGACAAAAGGCACGAGAAGAGAUAGACAGCGUGAGGCCAAGUCUAAAUUACUGGUAUCUGGAUCCUUAGAAUCUACUUUCAGAGAAGAAAAAUAUCACACCUGUCUUGGCUGUAUCCUCACUUGUACAUUAGGCAAAGUACAUACCUAACUAAUACAUUGUCUUGUUUUGUAAGACUUUCACGACCUAAAAUGGUUAAAGGCUCAAACCAUGAUAGGUGUUUUGGUUUCUUAACUUGUGAACAUCUUUAAAUAAAACACUAAAUAGAUUUA